AUGCAUCAGGGCCCGGUGCCGCCGCCGCCGCCUCCCGAGGAAUUGGUCACUGACGCAGGCCCCAGUGCCGCUGAGGUGCCGCUGGGCGAUCCGGUCGAGUUUAUACUUGACCGCGUCGACUCCAUCGAGCGAUGGCGCUCGACAGUCGCGCGUCUGAACCUGACGCAGCUGGGCGUCUCGCUGGUGCGCGGUGUACUGCGACGCGGUCGCUGGUCGACGCCGCCGAUGCGUGUUUUCGAUGCCGCAGAGAAAACAGCUCUGGGAACGGAUGCGGCAGAAGCGGAGGAGUCCGUCCAGCCGUUUUGCCCAUCGCAGCCGGUGCCACCGUGGCUUCGUCCCCAUACGUCGUUCGAGGCCAGGCAGAUGAUUACGCAGGCGAACGAGCAAGAUGAAGCUGCAAGGAUUCUCGCGAGGGGCGUUGCCUCUCCAGCACCGGGGCAGGCAGCACAUCACCCGCCCAAUGACCACCGUCGUGCACAUCCCUCCAUGCAGUCCAGUGUUGCUCGGCGCGCGCUCGCGCAGACGGCCAGCCGCGCCUCUGUGCCGCUUUACAUGGGUAUGCUGAUCGCCUUUAUUGGACACGGUGUGGCGUCCAUGUACAACGCAGACACAGAGACCGGCCCGCUCGAUGCGAGUGGUGCAGCGGCAGGGCAAUCCGUCCAGACACCGGCGCCGACAUCUGGUUCCGUCGCCGGCGGCUUGCCCACGUCUAGCCGCCAUCUGCACUUCACCACCGAGAUGAACAGCGCACUCCACGAGGUUCACCGUGCAACGGCUGAGGUGAUCUGCAUGGUCGAUGACGGGUCGAAGGCGAUGCACGCGCUCGCAGCGGCCGCACUCCAGUCGGCUGACAAAGCGGCAACGUAUCUGUCGGACGAGGAUGAGCGGGUGCAGAAGAUGCGCCACGCGCAGCUCGGCCGAUCCUGUCGUCACCUUAGCCGCAUCGUGGCAAAUCUCUACUCUCUCGUGUCCCUCCUGGACUUCUUUGCCGUGGAGAGUGCGUCCUUGCCGACGCCGACGCCAAGCACCGCGGCAGCCAGUGGCGCAGGCCACCCGAACAUGAACAGCACCAACGCCGGCUUCCUGUCGACAUCCUCUGCUUCGGCGGUCGCAGCAGUGGCGAUGGAGGAGCACGGCGCUCAGACGACUACUGUGGCCCCGUACGCAGACAGCGGUGCUCCCAGUGCCACAUCCACGCCCUCCGCCAGUAAGAAACAUGUCGCCAGCGCGACCGCGUUGACCGCGCACCCCUAUACGACGGAGCGCUUCCGUGAGCUUUUUGAUGCAUCUGGCCACUUGCCGCAGAGCGUGUGGAAGGUGUUCUCCGCCGUCGCCACCACAUUAGCCCAGUUUGCAGUGUCCUGGUCCCUCACAACGGGUGAUGUGCAGAGUCGGCAAGCAUUCAACGCCGCAGCAUGCGUGAUACUCGGCGAGGAUCAGCGCUGCCUGCUGUUGCAGCUGCAUCGGCUGUGUGCGCGGUUUAUCGUGCUGCGUCACCGAGUGUACGCACUGCACCCUGUCAACUCUCUGCACUUCAAGGUGAAGCAGAUGUUGGAGUGGAACGGCUUCCUCAACGCCGACGUGCCGGAUGCGUGGUCGUACAACAACGGUGACAUUGACCGAUGCGACUUCCACUCUGAUCGACUGCACAACACCUACGCGCGCGGCCUUCAGUGGAGCGUUAACUCAAGCAACAAGAUGGCGCUUCAAGGGGUGGUUGCGUGCCCGUACACCACCGCUGCGCGCGGCUCAGCGCUGCGUCGGAUGAAGGAGUCGAGCGCGUUUUCUCCAGGCGGCAGCGCCGUCAGUGGCGGGGGGCUCGUUAACACUGCGAGCGAUGGCGGUGCAUCAGCCCCGCUCUCUCUGCUCGCCUCAUUCGCCUCUGCCGGGGCGAACGGCGGCUUCAACACCGCCUUCGCCGGGCUUCUGGCAGCGCCACUGUCGUCGACAUCUGUGGCGCCGACGCAGAGCUUCAGCGUGGCCGCACUAUCCCAGCUCUCCGUCGUGCCGGGCUACGUUGGACUGCGGAACAACGGUAACAUGUGCUUCCUCAACAGCGUUGUGCAGCUUCUCGGCAGCGCUGCGCUGUUCCGCGACGAUCUCGUGGCACGAUUGCAGGACGCCGUCUUCUGCAACUCGAUGCACGCCGAUCACCAGCCUCCUGCAGCCGCUUGCGCGGCUGAUGCCCAUGCGAUGGCGGCUCUCUUUACCAAGUAUGGAUGUCGCCUCGCCAUGGCGCUUCUGCUCAGUGAGAUGCAGUGGCGCGGGUCGCAUCAACACAGACGCCUCCCGGUAUUGCCGGACUACCUCACCCCACACCUGCCGCCGGCGUUCGAUGACCGUCGACAGCAUGACGCCUCGGAGUUCUGGCACGCCCUGAUGGACAAGCUGGAUGCGCCGAACCAGCCCGGGGGGCCGGUGGUGGCGCGAUGGUUUAGUGGCCGAACGGCGACGACGAUGACGUGUGUCACCUGCCACCACACACGCUUGCACACCAACACCUUCUGGGAUCUCUCGAUCCCACUUCUGCGCGUUACCUCGACUCCCUCCGUACCAGCGCCGGUGGGAGGCGGCGCGCCGACGCCACCUGGAGCAAUGGUGACCACGGCUGGCCGGCUGGUGAGCCAGGUAGAGGUGCAGCACUUUGCCCGCGCCACCGCCGUGACCACCACCUACGCGAGCUCGCCAGCAUCCGACUUUCCAGCCAGCACAUUGGUCACGACAGAUGCAUCUGCGGAGCUGGAAGCGGUGGAGCGCGCAGAAGAGGAGGCAGGAGAGAGAGUCAACAGCAAAACAGCGCUGACCCGGCGCCCCAUCGUGCCCAGCAGUGUAGCCGAGCCGUACUCACGCACGCCGCUGCCGUCCUCGAUAGUGGCGGCCAACGAAGCACCCAAAACGCUUCAGCACCUGCUGCUCUAUGUGCUACACCCGACUCUCAACAAGGAGCUCUUGCACGGCAGCAACGCCCUCGACUGCGAGCACUGCGGCCGACGCACCGACACAGAGCUCACAACACGCCUUGUCGCCGAGGUCGACAGGGAGAUCGAGCCAGGGGUCGACCCAGUGGCGGCAGGUGCGCCGGAAGAAAGUGGUGUAGGCGUCGGGCAAGAAGCGCGCGUCUCUUCCGGCGGCAGCGGCGCUGCCGCCGCGUGGAAACGUCACGUUGAAGGCGAGUCGCCCACACCCCGCACAGGGGAUGCGCGAGUGUCACCACAGAAUGGGUCAGCCUGCGUGGAGCAGGACUUGGCACUGCCGCACUCUCUCACCGACACGGCGGCCGGAGGUGGUCUCCCAUACUACCUCGUUGUUCAGCUGAACCGCUUUGCGUACCGGCGCGUCACGCAGUCCUACGAAAAGCUCGCCGAUGGCGUGCCUCUGAAUGAGGUCAUCGUCGUCCCGGUGUACCCCGAGGCCACUGAGCCGAAAGACGGAGCGGCAUCCCCGGUCGAUUCGCAAGGGCUCAACGCACAGACUGCAAUGUCCAACGAGGAGGAAGGCAACGCCAACACGCAGCGUGGAGACGACGGCCGCCACGGCGCCCCUGCCGAUCGAACUCCGACAGCACUGCGCUCUGCAGCACCAGCGCUUCCGGUGUGGGUCGCGUACCGUCUGCAGUCAAUCAUCAUCCACAGGGGCUCCACGCCUAACAGCGGCCACUACUUCGCCCUCACGCGCCGCCUCCCAGCGGUGCCGGCGCCGGUGAACGUCAGUGAAAGCAGCCACGACGAAGACGGCGAAGACAAUGCCAGUUCUGCUUCUGACCUGUCGUCCAUGCGCGCGUACGUGAAGGAUCUGGGGGCUGCCCUAACGGAUUGCCUGCACACCGAGCGUUACUUCUCCUACGCGGAAAUUGUGCAGCCAACAGCGGGCGCAGAAGGCGAGGGUUCGUCGGUGUGUGCCGAUGUGGAGGGUGCAGAGCCACCGUCGCAGGACAGGCCCGCUACGGCUUCUCUGUCGAGAGGCACGGCGGAGACGAUGCCGUCGCCGGCGCUUUCUCCGCCACCAGUUCUUCCAGCCGCCGCUGUUUCGGUGAGCGGCGACGGCCUGUACGAGAACUGGGUGAUGCUGAACGACUCCAACGUGCAGCCCGUUGAGCCGGACACAAUGCGCCACAUCCUGCACGGGCGUGGCGGCGGUGUCUACUCUGCCUCGGAGACGCCGUACAUAAUCUUGUACGAGAAGUUGCCUGUGGCCUCCGAAGGGACGACGGGGCGCAACGCUCUCGUAGUGGAUGAGGAGGCGCCGGAUCAACACGUGGCUGAUGCUGCGCUGUGGGCAGCGGCACGGCUGCAACGCGUGUGGGAGACCCACCACGCCUCGGUGGGCACUUCCGGCGUCAACUCCGUCGGUGACACGCGCACCAAGCCGGCUCACUUUGCCCGUGAAGCGCUAAAGAUCUUUAGCGCGCGGCUGAAGGACGAGGUCGUGCACCACGCCGCUCUCAGCGAGACGCCACAAACUGCAGAUGGGCAUGGCUUCACCUCGGCUACCAGCAGCGAGGCACCCUCGCGGCCUACGCCGGUGGAGACGGUGGUACAUCCGGGGCCGUCUGCCACGGCUUGGAGAGCCACUGUCGCCCGGUCAUCGUGGCCUGGUGCGACCGGUGUUGGCGACGCAGCUCGUGCAGCGGCAGUCAAGGCCUCUCUCACUGAUGCGAGCAAGGACGUACCAACAGGCCUUAACGGCAGCGGCAGCUCUGGUCGUCCCUCGGCGUCGCACCGGCCGCGCCGGCUAAUGACCAUGGCCAAGCUCACCAAAGUCCCCCGCCGCAGGCGCUACAGCGCCGGCCUCAACCGUCAGAGCGCACAGGAGCCCCGCAAUCGUGGUGGCACGGCCACACUCAGCUCAAGUGGCAGCGACGUAGGCUCAGACGCCGAUGACGAGCAGGACGAGCCUUCCAGCUAG